UACUGCAAGGUAAAAUCGCGCGCAAAACCGAUUUCAAAUCUGGUCCAAUACUAUUGCACGUGCUACUUCCGGUUCUGUUUCCGUAGAUGCGUGACAAGACACCAAUUGUGUUCCAAUUGUUGGCACAAGACGCAAGCACGCCACGGUUUUCGUCUUUAAUAUAUGGACAUGCACACUGUGUUUUCUUUUCUCUAUUCUGCUUCCUUGAAUCCCAGCCUCGAUUUAGGACGUCGCCGAUUGGUGGGUGAAUUGUUGAUCGUGCAUCGUGCAGUUGCUGCUGGCGGCCAGCCUUUUGCGGGUCGUUUGCUCCGUAAAGCCCUUGCCAGCUGUGAGCGUAGAUCGUAAGGAUCGGUCGACCUAGUCUCGGUACUUCUGCAGUUCAGGAGUACAAUAGCUACACUCCAAAAGUGGUGGCAUAGCUAUUCAAUGGAUUGCCUAGUGAAUUUGUCGGAUGUAUUUCUUUUUUAAGCUUACUUGAAUGUAGUGUAAACAGCAUAUUAGAACAACGCCGAGGAAGUGGUGCGCUGCAUUAUCAGUUGGAUUUGCACGUCUUCUUCGUUGUCUCGAAGAGGUAGAUAAACGUAACGAAUGCAAGUCCCAUUAAGGAUAGAAUAUCGCGGAGGUAGAAAUCAUCUGAAUCGCUAUAGUUUUGUCGAUAUUCCGUUUCGUGAGCCUCCCCCAUCAACAUUUCUUUAACUAACGUAACCUAUACUUAAUCACAGUCAGUGACAAGCAAGCUGCUUGCCAAUUAAAAAUUACAAAUGAGGAUGAGAAUGCCUCCACCUCGGUUCUCUUGUUGGAUAUGCACUUUUACAUCAUCCACUCAGACGGCACUUACUACACACCUUCGUAGGACCCAUAGUUUCCGUCUGAAUCCACCUCAUCGACCUCGAUACCACGCUAGCAACGGUAAUAACAGCAGCGGUGGUUCUGCAAUGGCCGCCUCGGCAGCGAUUAUCAAUGAUUCAGGUCGUUAUGUUUACGGAGUUCGAGUUGCUGGUCAGACUGUAGCUGGACCAGCCAGUCUGGACUGUGCUUCGAAUGAAACGAGUGUCGCUUCAAUGGCAAAGCCGUACUGUCCAGGCGUCUAUGUUUGCCAAGUGUGUAAAUUUCGUUCUCCCACAGGAGCAGGCCUAGCCCGCCACGCAUAUUCUCAUCAGAAGUUAGCUGUAUGCGCGACCUCCAUUUCACCGGUACAGCCUCGGGGCGCCGCGUACAGCCAAGGUCUGAACUCGAUCGUCGUGAGGGAGCUUCCGGUCAACAACGCCGGUCACACAAAAACAGUUUUGUAUACCCAACAAAUACAACCUCUGGCUACAGCGACAACGACGCAUCAGUCACCCUAUGCAGCUGAGUCAGUUAGGGUAGGUGUACCUUUAGACGCGCCGAUACUACUAUCCGAAGGUCAGCAGCAAUUGCAAGAACCAGUUCAGAUUCAGGACCAAGCAUCAGUUGGAGAUGGUGAGUUGGAUCCAGCUGCUUCCCUCACUCCAAUCAGCAGCGACCCGUGUCCUGAGUGCGGAUGCGCUGCCAAUGGGAAAUGCGGGCUACGAACCCCUGAACCGGGCCGGAUUCUUCUUGUUAGUCAGGAAAAUCUCGCCGAGGUGACCGACCCAAGUCGACCUCAGGAGCUAUACGAACUGGGCGCGGAUGCUCUUCAGCCGUUGGGAGGUUUGGAUCCGACGUAUAUUGAACAUGUACAUUGUGAGGAGGGUUUGCUGGAACUUCAUUACAAGCCCCCGAAUACAACGAAGACUAUCCACCUGACAGCGGUCCGGGUGAACCAGCUAUCGUGUCCUCAGGAAGAUGACAUAGACGAGCAAAGGGAUGGGGUCGAAGAAAAUGAUGUUGGUGGUGAAAUAUCGCAAGAACGAGUAGGAACCCCUGCGACUGAGAGGAAGGCCGAAUCGCAAGGAGACGACGAUAACACCGAGCUCACAAGCAGUCACACCAGCAAUGCCUGUUUCAACUCUGGAAUGGCUACUAAAUCUGAGGCCGUUGGGGACGUCGAACAGGAUGCAAUAAUACAGCAACAAAUGGAAACGGGUGAUGAUGGGGCUGCUGGUACAGAGAUUCCGACUGCAGUACUGGUAAUAACUCGAUCCCCGAAUAGGAUUAAGAUCAGAAUCAUCACGUAGAGGAAACGAUAAUUAAGGUGUAUAAUGGAGGCUUGUUCAUCAUCUUUCCAUGCGAGCUGAUUAAAUAAAUUACACAGUCGGAUCACCCGAUGCCGGAACAGUGUUAUUAGUGUUUUGUAUUACCAGUUGAAGGGCUAUACGUGCUACCCGCACAUAGCAAUGAUGAAAAUACGUGCAUAUAAAGAUAGGAAACAAAGUGUUCCAUUGGAUGCACAGAGCUAAUUUCCGCGCUCCAAUUACGGGAUUCCAUAUCAUAAUCGUAUUAUCUAUAGACUAAUUUUAGGUCGUGUGAGAAAAUUGUGCAUUUUCUAGUUCCGCAUGGCUGACCCUUCACUGUUCUAUAAUUUUGAAAGGCAUUAUAUAGUUAGCCACCUUAGCUUAUUUUGUUAUGUAAUACCUGUCAUGAGAGAGCCGUAGGCUCCUGAAAUGAUAUAUAAUCACACAGCGUACAGUAAAUAAUUUAUUUAAGAUGAAUGUUUAUGAUGGAGCGGAAUUGUAAUAAGGUCACUUCAGAUUCAAACUAUAUGGACUUAGCGAUUUUUUUCAUGGUUUUUUUUUUUAUAUCUCGAUAGACCGAUUUCCUAAACAUUCUGGGUAGCAUAUCGUAUAAAACGAUUAUAUUGAAAAUUUAACCAUGAGCACAUUACGCAUAGAGGUUUAUCGCAAUUUUAACCCUCCUUGGAGUAACUUGUCAAAAUCAAUUUGUAUUCUUUUUAUGGGACUAUUGUUUAAAUAAACGAAAAAUGUUACAAUAUUUCGUCCGCCAAACAGGAAGCGUUUCUGGAUCGUAUUCACACAAAACAUGGUUACAGUAUCAGCUGGGUCCACGCUAUUUGACCUAGGUAUAUGACACUUAUCUACAGGGCCACACUAUAAAAAUGGAUAGCAAUGUAGGAACGUCAUUUUCAUUUCGUGUUACCAUUCGUUAGACAUUUUUGUGAAUAUGAAUCGAUAUUUUUAAAUUGCAAAAAUUUAAAAAUUUUAAGUUACAAAAAAAUUAAUAAGCAGCGUUUCGACUCACGGGAUCGCACCUGCGAGUAUAAUUAUGAGAUAAGUGUGGCUGUGAAAAUUAUCGAGGUGUCACCAAGGUGCUACGUGGGUACAAUGCUGGAAAGCUUUCCUCUGAUGAUGUGUUUGCUUAUUAAUCGAGCAGAAAAUACAAAACGUGAUCAAACGUUAGGAAAAGCCUUUUGUCAAGAUGUAAACGCCAAGGGUGCCAACUAAUCUCCGAAAAAAAUAAAUACGUCAAGUUUAAUUUUAUUAAGUAAUCUACUAACCGUCGAGC